AUGUCUAGUACAUCUACAUUUACUACUCGCUCUUAUGACGAGGACUGCAUGAAAGCCGCCAUUGCACAGAGCCAAGUGGCCGUGGAGGAGGGUUGCAUGCCCUUUGGAGCGGUCCUCGUGGAUGACGCUGGGAAUAUCUUGGCCGCCGCGCACAAUUGUAGUGCCGCCAGCAGCAAACGUGGUGGCAAGGGCGAUGUCACGAGACAUGCCGAAGUGGAAUUGGUUCGCAAGAUGGGUGCUUUGGAUAAUAUUGACGGUAAAGACAAGACCAAGUGUACCAUUUAUGCUUCGACCGAACCCUGUGUCAUGUGUGCCGGUGCCAUUUAUUGGAGUGGAGUCAGCCGUGUGGUCUACGGAUGUUCCUCGGAGGAACUGGAACAAACCUUGUCAGGUCCCGGUGGCUUUGAUAUCCCCGUCGAACGUCUCUACCAAAUGGGACGACCAGGAAUGCGAAAAAUGAACAUUGUGGGACCUCUCUUGGCCAAAGAAGCCAUGGAUGUUCACAGAGCAUCCGGUGUCUGGUGUAAACCAAUAACCACCAACAACGACAAUGGCAAACACACCAAUCAAGAUAUUGAAACCGAACGGUCCCUCUUGCAAAGUGGAUUAGGAGCCGCCCCGGCCACUCGGGAUUUCCAAGUGCCAGUGAUUUCCAUGAGCACUCAAGACGACGACGACGACGAAACAAUACUAGCCAACCAGCUAUGGGAUGCCGCACGUACGGUGGGAUUCUUCACCGUGGUCGACCAUGGCAUUCCACUCGAACUCAUUCAACAAGCAUUUGCCGUGUCGGCCGACUUUUUUUCCAAUCAGACACGGGAGGAAAAAGAAGAACAAUCCCCAUUUGCCAAGGAGUUGAAUUCCGGAUACGAAUAUUUUACACAAGUACGACCAUCCACGGGCACGGCGGAUCAAAAGGAAAGCCUGCAAGUGACGGCACGUCAAGGUGUCAUGGAGGGUCGUUGGCCUCCGGAAAAGUUUCAAGAUACGGCCACGCAACUCUUGGAACACGCCCACAAAUUGGCCAAUCGAAUCUUGACGUUGCUCGAGAAGGAUGCCUGUCCUCUCAACGAGGCGGGAACUUUGGCCAAGUCACAUACGCUGUGGGCACCCGAUGGACAGUGCACCCUUCGAUUCUUGCAUUAUCCUCCCAUGGAACCAGAAACGGCCAAGCAGCUCACAACACCGGAUGAACAGGGAAAGAUCCAUUGGAGAGCUGGACCUCACACCGAUUGGGACAAUGUCACUCUUCUCUUUCAGCAACCUGGUCAAGCUGGAUUGGAAUGUUGCUCCAAUCCUCAUGACACUACAAAGGGAGAGCGACGCUGGACUCCAAUUGACCCCGUCGAAGGUGGGAUUGCCAUCAAUAUUGGUGACAUGUUGGCACGAUGGUCCGAUGGACGCCUCUACAGCAAUUUGCAUCGAGUCCGAAUGCCAACCGUAGAAGAAUGCACACCACCAUCCUCCCGGUACUCGAUUGCCUACUUUGCUCAGUCGGACAAGGCCACUGUGAUCAGGUCCAAGGAAGGAGAGGACCCAAUCACGGCUGGGGACUACAUUCUGUCUCGAAUUCGCAGCAAUUUCGAAUCUUAG